AAACUGUAUGUACUUAGGUUGUCUUUACUUUACCUAACAACAUUACUGGUCAUCGUUCCAACCUCCAGUUCGCCGGACUAACUUCAAUUCUUGUGGUUUCGAGUAUAUUUUUACUUUUAACUUUCUUUAAUUCUUUUCUUUGUUUUUUUUCUGUAAAUAACUCUUGGUUUGUAUUUAAAAUUCCUUCGUGAAUUGCAAAGUUUUGACAUUCUUCCCUUCGUCCCUAGUGAUCUAGGACUCUUAUAAAAUAUCUAUAGAUGUUCUCUGCAAAAGCAAAAACAUACGAAUUAAAAUUCGAAGAACAUAGAUGCAAUGGUGACUGGCAAGCUAUCCCGGAAGCAGCUCGAAAAUUAAAUAAGCACCAACCUUCAAAAUCAUAUAUUUCCGAAUUAGCUAAAAUUGAAGCUGUACUACACUUGGCCCUACAGGAUGAACAAGAAAAGCGAAUGACAGAUAUUGAUUUGUCUUCUGUUGAAAAUUGCUCCAUCUUUAUACCCGCCCUUCCUAUCGAGCUUACGAAUCCUCUCUUACAACAGUUGAAUUAUCUCAAUGCACAGCAAGCUUCUAAUGAAGAGGAACAGCAAGGGAUUGCUGUUCGAUUAUUAUUAUACAUAUCUAGAAAGAACUUCCAGGAUGCCGUGGACCUUGACUGGUCUCCAGAUGGAUUAAAUUUAUCACCGGGUAUGACUGGAAUUAGCAUUUUACAAGCAACCAUCCUUUCGGCCUUAGCUCAUUUUUCCAUUUCCAAUUAUGAGGUUUCGUAUCAAUACGUUAGAUCUGCUAUUGGUAUGAUUCAGAGUGCCAAUGUAAAGGAUAGCGUUCCAUUAGAAUGGGCCAAAUGGUGCGAACUUUGUUACGCUGUAUACGCCCAAAUCUCAUCUAUCUCAAGUGCCAGCCAACUGGAUAGAGCUUCCAUUUUGUGUCUGUGUUCAGAUUACUUUGCCUCUCACACAAUUAUUGAUCCCUUGACCCGGAUCGUGCACUUUAGACAAAUUUUAAAAUUCUCUCAUACGCUAUUCCAAGAAAACAAUUUUGACUCACCCAUUUUCGAAAAAAGCCAAAUUCAAAAACUGCAUCUUCAUGACUUCACGUUUGCAAUCGAUUAUGCUAAAUACUUACUCGAGCAUACUUCAUUUCCUCGAGCAGGCGAUCAAAACUUUUUGAUUGUUGAAUAUAUAGAAUCAACAAUGUCCAUUUGGCUCAAUACGAAACAGCUUUAUACGUCCGCUGUGAGUCUAAUAAACAUAUACUAUAGAUUGACAGAGAAGUCGUUUCAUUGUCAACAAUUAUUCCGGUCCCUGGUUAUUCUUUUAACUCAUAUAGAAGAGUAUGAAGAAGCUCAUCAAGCAUUCCAGUUAUAUAAGUUCUUGUGCACAAAAGCACAAGAACGUAACUUCCGCCAAAAAGGUGCUAACAAAAGCUCUUUAUCUGACUUAAAGCCGAUUUUUAUUGACUCCAUUGAAGAAGUUGUUCAUAUCGCUUCCUUGAUGAUUUCCGUUUAUUCACAAUACUUAAAUUCUCCUCAAAAAGUAAUCGAAACCUUAGACUUCAUUAUGAAGAUAACGUCCGAUCAUAAAAUUUUAGAAGACUCGCAAACGUUUAUUCUUAUUCUUCACGCUAAAGGAGUUGCCAAGUCUUACCUCUAUUACAGUACGAAUGAUCCCAGUGUAAGGGAAGAAAAUCAUAAAGAAAGCGUUUCCUGUUUCAAAAAAAUUCUCGAAAUAGAGCCUGAAAAUAAGGUUGCUCUUUAUCACUUAGCUAUGCAACAUGCAGAAAAGCGAGAAAUUAUACCAGCUAUCGAAACUGUCAGGCAUCUUUUGAAGAUAGCUCCUGAUUUUAAUAUUCCGGCUUGGCAUCUUCUGAUAUUGUUAUUAUCUUGUUCUGAACAAUACGAUUCAGCUCUUAAAAUUGCUGAUAGCGUAUUAGAAUCGUGGAACAUAAAACAAAGUUCCAUAGAUGGAAGAUAUAUACUAGCGAACCCCUCUGAAGUCAGUUUCAUGAAUCGUUGUGCUUUAAUCGAACUAAUGAUAACUAAGGUGGCUCUUUACGAAGCUUCUGUGGGAGUGAAAGCAGCUAUAGAUCUUCAAGAAGAACUUUUUACUUUCUUUGUGAGUUUGUUUGACCUGAAUGAAUAUGAAUGUAUCACUCGAAAGCCACAAAAUAGGAUAUCCUCUAACGACCGAUUAGCGGUUGAAGAAACGGAAUCAGAGAAAGGAAGCUUACUCAGUUUUUCAAAAAACUCUUCCUCAAAGAAGAAUAAUUUGGAAACUGAACGGUUUGACACAAACGACUAUAGGGAUGCUUUACAUGAACGUCGCACUAGUACUAUUUCUUCUUUCAAUCAAAAAUUAUGGCUAACAGCAGCCAAUUUAUUUGUCAAGUCUAAGCAAUACGAUCAGGCUCGUGGUGCCCUUUUGGAGGCAAAGAAGCUUAAUGUUGAUUCUCCUGGAUUACAUUUGGUUUAUGGAUUAUCACUUUUAGCCCAAAAAAGAGAGGCAGAAGCGUUGGAACAACUUGAAUUAGCUUUGUAUUUAGAUGCGCAUAAUCCUAUCAUAGCUACAACCUUAGCUAAGGUUUUAUUGACUUCUGAAGAUGAGACACGCAAUUCUCGUGACCGUGCUGACUCCUUGCUUUUGGAAACCACAUUGCAGUAUGGUUGGGAUUUACCAGAAGCAUGGUUCUACAGUGCGGAACUAUUUCAAAAAUUGGGUGAUGAAAAACAAGCGGCUUUCUGUUAUGAUUACUGUAUACAACUGUCUGAUACGAACCCUAUAAGAAGAUGGAAUAAUAUUCAACCACGAUUCAUGAACGUUAGCUCGGUUUAAAUAAAAAUGACUGGUCAUAAUCCAUUCUUAUGUUAAUUGCUUGUUUUUAUAUUUAUAAUAAGUUGACGUAUAUCGUUAUUAUCGAUUAACCAUAGUUUAAAACAGGAAAAUUAUGUUUUCGGUUGGACAGUAUUGAAUGAUAACUUGUAUUUGUUAAUUUUGAAUAAUAGUUCAUGU